AUGCGUGCAAAAAAAGCCUGCUUAGCCUGCAAUUCUCGGCGCGUGCGAUGCAAUGUGCUUGAUAUGCAACCAUGCCGCAACUGCACGGCAUGGAAUCUUACCUGUGAAUUGGGGGUAUCGCGGCGUGGAAAGUAUCCUCGCCGAAAGAAAAACAAUUCUUUGGCUUCGGCUACUGCGGAAACUUCCCGCGUCGAGGAGAGCGCGCCGCCAGAAGGGCAAUCGCUGCAAUCAGAACCUCUUCAAAACCGAUCAAGUCUUUACAAACCCUCAGUGCGACCAUCUACUGCAGAAAAUGCUAUUCAAAAAACGGUCUUCCUCGGCGAAUCGAGCCCGCUGACAUGCGUGGUUGAUGAGGGACGACGAUCGCCCGACAAAGGGUAUGCGUGCGGGAUCCAGAAGGGUCGGCUCCAUUAUUCUAUUCCAGAGGUCUGCAGUCCCGAGGAAUCCGAAGAUACUUCACUUGGAUUGCAGCGGAAAUCCCUGCAGGAACGACUUAUCCGCGAGAGUGCCCUGGUCUUUCCAGCCCCUACCGCUUGUGAAGUGCUUCUCCAAGCAUACUUUGAGUGGUUUCACCCUUGCUUCCCCAUUCUGGACCGCCCACAGGUACAAAAUGCGUAUCAAGAGGAUACGAUAUCGCCGUUGUUACUCCAAGGCAUGCUAUUCGUCGGGGUCAGCCUGUGCUCAGACCUCACACUGAAAACAAUUGGAUUCACCGAUCGAUAUCAAGCCAAGGGGGUUUUUUAUCAACGCGCAAAAGAAAUAUACGAUGUCGGAUGGGAAACAGACACGAUCGUUAAAUUACAGUCGCUAUUUCUUCUGAGCUUCUGGCGUGGCGGUCCGACCGAGGAGCGAGAUGUGCGCUUUUGGCUCGGAGCUGCCACUGACUUGGCGCAAAAGAAGGGAAUGCAUGUGAUGUCGAAACUAUCAUUUUUGAGCUCCCGUGACCAGAAAAUAUGGAAGAGGAUAUGGUGGGCUCUAUACGUACGCGAUCAACAAACGUCUGCUGCCUUGGGUUUGCCAUCUCGGAUUCGUGAUGAAGAUUGUGAAGCCGCAGAGCUGGAGCCAUCCGAUUUUGAGGAGCUCGAUGCUACCGAGUUCUCUGAAGUCUUUCGAAAACCGCCGACUGCACAUGUCAAUUAUGUGAUAGGAAUGGCCCAGCUUGCAAAAAUAUUACGAGAGGUUAUCAUCAGUCAAUAUCUACCAGGCCGAUCAAAGCUAGACAACCCACGGCGCCCAGCCCUUCACCAAAAAUUGGUCGACUGGGAGUCAAAUCUACCGCAAGAGAUGCAUUUCCAAUCUUCUCCUAGUCGACAGGUCACCUAUCUCGUCGGGAUGCUGCAUAUGGCUUACAAUAAUCUGUACGUCCUUCUGUAUCGACCGAUAUUUUUGCAACCUCCAAGCGCAUUGAUGAGCCCGGAAGGGAAUCUUGCCUUGGAUGCAGCGACAAGGAGUACUCGAAUUCUCGAAGAUAUGCUGUCUGAAAAUUUAGUGCAGCACGGCUUGGUCCACCUUAUCACCCAUACCUUCUCUGCUCUAUGUAUCCAUACAAUUCAUUUCGGACGAGUCACAGGCACAGCUCGCAAGCUAGCCGAACACAGGGCCAAACUCUGUCUCCUCGGCCUUAAAGAGCUUCAAAAAUCCUGGGACCUGGAGAAUUGGGUCUUGGAUCUAUUUUUCCGCUGUCUAGAUGACCGCACUGCAAAAAAUCUGCGACUGGCCGAGGGUGGAGUUCCCUCGACGCUGUCUGAUCAGCUUGCAAAAGGGUCUCCGGUUCCUGAUUCUCCAUCGUUUGAAAUGACUUAUGGAAACACGGUCCAACCUCUCUCCGCAACUUCGCAUAAUAACGAGAUGAUGAUCAGCACGCAGGAAGCUCCGCUCCCCAAUUUCUCAGAAGAAGCUGCAAUCAACAUGGAUUGGUAUGAGUUGUUUAAUAACACGGAGGGAGAUGAUGUCAUGGGGCUGGCUGGCCCUUUGACGAAUCCGGACUAUCUCAACCCGCAAAAUUUGGAAUUUUUGUAUAGAUUUCUAUGA